UGCUCCUUCUCUCUCCUCGACGACACUAUCCACUUGUCUGGACUACAUUUUGGUUCUUUUUUAGUUGAAACUGAUAUUUUUAUCAGACCAGACGGACAAGAUAUUUUGGAGAUUAUUGGUUUUCUGAGAGCAGGAGAAUGGCCUGUAGACCACGAGACGUUUUCUCUUUCAAAGACUCGGAACUUCCCUCCCACCUACUUGCCCAGCUCAACAUCCUCCGGCAGGAACGUAUCCUGACAGACGUUCUGCUCUGCACGGAACAUCAGGAGAUCCCCUGCCACAGGAACGUCCUGGUGUCCAGCAGCCCGUACUUCCGCGCCAUGUUCUGCAGCAACUUUCUGGAGAGCAGUCAGGCUCGUGUGAAUCUGAAGGGAAUCUCUUCAAAUGUCAUCAGCCGCAUUGUGGACUAUGUCUACACUGGUUGCAUUACUAUCACAAUGGAGAUUGUGCUCCCGCUCAUGCAGGCAGCAUCCAUGCUUCACUAUGGAGGUCUCUUUGAGGCCUGCUCAUUGUUUCUUCAGGAGCAGCUCAGUCCAGAAAACUGUCUGAGCAUGAUCCGGCUCUCUGAGAUCCUUCACUGUGAGAGUUUGAGGGAGAGAGCAAAGGAGAUGGCUGUGAGGUGUUUCUCUGAUGUUGCUGCUACAGAGGACUUCUGUGAGCUGUCUCUUCCUGAACUCAUGUGUUACCUCGAAGAUGACCGACUCUGUGCUGAGGAGGAGCAGGUGUUCGAGACCCUCCUGGCAUGGAUCCACCAUGACCCAUUUUCACGCCGCGGUGCAAUCCACGAUCUCUUCAAGAAAGUCCGUCUUCGCUACAUCCAUCCAACUUACCUCUUCCAGUUCAUCGCCAACGACCCUCUGGUGCAGUCCUCCACGCUCUGUACUGAGAUAAUCGAGUCAGUGCGUCGCCUCAUGCUCACAGUCAGCACUAAGUGUAGUCGUGAGCUCAAGCCACUUUGGACCACACCUCGACGUUACACCUGCAGAGAAACACUGGUGGUGGUUGGAGGACGCAAAAACAAUGAACAAACUUCACGAGAAGCCUUACUGUACGAUGAAAGGACUCAGCGUUGGCAGUGGUUGGCCAAGCUUCCGCUGCGGCUCUACAAAGCUGCGUAUGUGUGUAUUCACAGCAUCCUCUAUGUACUUGGCGGGCUCAGCCUCUGCAUGACAUCAGGUGACAGCUCAGUCAGCGCCACGGUUUACACGCUCUCCCUUAAAACCAACCAGUGGAGGACUGCUGAGCCCAUGUUGGAGCCGCGAUACGCCCACCAGAGUGUGUCCUAUCUGCAUUUUAUUUUUGUGUUAGGAGGCAUUGGGGUAGACAAGCGAAUCUCUAGGUCAGUAGAGAGGUACAAUAGUAUGUUCAAUCAAUGGGAGGCCAUGGCACCAAUGCCCACAGCAGUGCUGCAUCCAGCUGUUGCAGCAAGUGAUCAGAGGAUCUAUGUUUUUGGAGGAGAGGAUGCCAUGCAGAAUCCAGUCAGGCUGAUCCAGGUGUACCACAUCUCUCGCAACUUGUGGUCAAGGCUAGAGACAAGGACCGUGAAAAAUGUUUGCGCCCCUGCUGCCGUCAUAGAGGACAAGAUCUACAUCAUAGGAGGAUACACCAGACGCAUGAUAGCCUACGACACCAAAGCCAACAAAUUCGUCAAAUGUGAGAAUCUAAAGGAGAGAAGGAUGCAUCACAGCGCUACAGUGAUCAACAACAAGCUCUAUGUCACUGGUGGACGCAUCCUCAACGGCCACGAUGUCAUCGAGGACUCAGACUGCUUUGAGUGCUAUGACCCAAAGACUGAUGUUUGGACCUCAAAAGGCUCUUUGCCAUACAAGCUAUUUGACCAUGGCUCUCUGCCGCUAGUCUGUGUUUCCAACAGACCCAACCCACCGUGACCUCUCAUCCAAUCAGCCACUUUUGGCGACCGCUUAGUUACAUGUUCUUCACCUCCCCUUUGCCAUGAGUGAUUGGCCUCUAACUAUACAAAUGGGAAACCAUUUGAAACUGACUGCAUUCCUUCACGCAGCUCAGUCUUUGCCACAACUUAACGGCAUGUUAAGCCAGGCUGACUUUUAUGUGAAUCAAAGGAGAGCUCGUCUCACGCGCAGAGGUGUCAUGUCUAAGGCACCUGGGGUGGAACUGAAGUGAGAACCCCACAGAUGAUGAGAGGCAGUUAUACUUACACAACACGCAGCUGUUCAGACACAUACGUAAUCCAAAAAGCUCUUUCUGCAGAUGGCUGCACUCGUUUGAUGCUAGCUGAAAGUGUUAAUGUUUUAAUUCCCCGGACAUCUAUACACAACAUGUCAAUCUGCCUGGCAGCUGCAGAUGACUUCUCUGUAACAAUUAAACACGUGCCUGGCUGUGUGUUAAUUCUAUGAGCUCUGCUGAAAAUGACAGAUCUGUCCGCUAAUAAAGUUGCACUUUAUAGAAAUUACAUUCCUCCAUGACCCACAUGCUUCUAACAGAGUGCACUUGGUGAUGAGAACCAUCGUGACAGAACAUGGACUACACAGUAGUCUAGCGUGGUUGCUGAAAUGUUGCUAAGAGGAACAGUUUUACUGAAAUGGCAUUAUCUGGGCCAACAUGAUUCCACUUCUGCCUGCUCUAUCUAUGACCUUCAGAAUUAUUCCUGCAUCCCCCAACAAAGUAUGUUCUGUGUAUCAUUUCCUGAAUGUUUUGCCUGCAACAUACAUUACUGGGAGUAGAAUAAGACUGUGCUUUCUUUUGUGCUGUUUUACCUUUAAUUUCAUUAUGUGCAAUUGUUAGAUAAGGAGAAUGGCUUCGCAGGCAGCUAUGUUGAUGUGAGGACAUGUGACAAUGCUGGCUUUGAAUGCAAGUGCCUGGUGGGGAUGCAGUGACCUGCUAAGUGUAGCUAUGAGUGGAAAUGGCUUUGAUUGUCAGGGUUUGCAGCUUACAGUGGGGCCACAUUCACACACAUGUAACUUGCCGGUGGUUGCUCACAAGCACAUUCACUGAUCUGAAAUCAAUCUUCCAUUCGUCUGAGGAAACAACAGGAAGAAACGAGAUCCACACCAGCUGUAACGUGUGACAAAAAGCAUUAAGGCAGAGGCUAACAAGCCUGCGGAGAUACGUCUUACCAUCACUGUGGGCCACUACUGUCUUCAUCCUGUCAUACUCUUGACCCUUAUGGAGCACACACUCACUGCUGUACUCAACCAGCCUCUGGCCUGGGUGACGAUUGCCAUGGCAACCCUUUUAUCGGCCCAAAGGAUCAUCUGUGGCAUGCAUCCCUGUCGUGAGUCUGUCUAUUUAAGACUGCAGCACUGACCAACUGCACGAUGCACAAUCUUUA